AUGACUCCCUCGUCCACAAACCCCAGCUCUGCGCAGGCGCAUCUGGGUGGUCCAUCCUCUUUCGGCCAAGAACCGAUCCCCCAAUCGAGAGAGAUGGGGGAGGUUAUUCCGAAACGAGCACCGGCAGCUGUCGAAGAGAAGCCUGAGGCGAAGCCAUUCGCGCACUUCGUUGCUGGAGGACUAGGAGGAAUGACCGCUGCCACUCUUACCUCGCCGCUGGAUGUCUUGAAGACACGCCUGCAGUCUGAUUUCUAUCAGGCGCAGCUCCAGGCACUCCGCGCCGCGAAGCCCGCGCCCGCUCCGUCCUCGAACACCCUGGUCCACCUCACCCGCACGGCGGGUAUGCAUUUCAGCGAAACCUUCCAGAUUCUCCGCUCGAUCCACGUCCACGAGGGUUGGCGCGCGCUGUUCAAGGGACUGGGACCCAACCUGAUCGGUGUCGUGCCAGCUCGUGCCAUCAACUUCUACGUGUACGGAAAUGGGAAGCGCAUCCUCAGCGAUUACUUUGGCUACCGAACUGCCGAUCAGACUCCCAUGGGCAUCCACCUCGCGGCGGCAUCGAUUGCGGGCAUCGCGACAGGAACUGCGACCAACCCAAUCUGGCUGGUCAAGACACGCCUGCAACUGGAUAAAUCGAACGCGGAGCAUGGAAAGAGCAGACAGUACCGCAACAGCCUCGACUGUGUGAAGCAGACUGUGCGCCACGAAGGCAUCAAGGGUCUCUACCGUGGACUGUCUGCUUCCUACCUGGGUGUGACUGAAUCCUCGCUCCAAUGGGUGAUGUACGAGCAGAUGAAAAUGUUCCUCGCCCGCCGUGAUGCCCUCAAGAAAUCUGAUCCCGGCUACGAAUACACAUCCUGGGACUCUGCGGAGCUGUGGGGUGGCCGCAUCAGCGCUGCUGGUUUGGCCAAACUGGUCGCGGCUGCGAUCACCUACCCUCAUGAGGUCGUGCGUACCCGUCUGCGCCAGGCCCCGACCGUCUCUGUGGGCAAUGGCAAUGUUGUGAUGAAGUACACUGGCUUAGCCCAAUGCUUUAAGACUGUCUGGAAGGAAGAGGGCAUGGUGGCCAUGUACGGUGGUCUCACACCACACUUGCUCCGUGUCGUGCCCUCUGCUGCGAUCAUGUUCGGAAUGUACGAGUUUAUUUUGCGCGUUUUCGGCACGACCUCAUAA